AAAUUUGUGGCCAGGUGAAAUUUGAGAAGGGUAUAAAAUCUUAAACCCUAGCGAUCACCGAAAAACCCUCUGUUUUUUUUUUUUUCGUCCCCACUGCAAGUCUUCUAUUCUUGAUUAACUCGCCAAAAGCAUAAGAGAAAGAAAUGGCUCGCACUCUCAAAAACCCAAAGAAGGCUAAGAGAAAGAACAAGGGCUCAAAGAUAGGAGAUGGAGCAUCAACGUCUUCGUCGGUGCCGACGAUUCAGCCGAGGGUUUGGCAACCAGGAGUCGACGAAUUGGCGGAGGGAGAAGAGCUUCAGUGUGACCCUUCUGCUUACAAUUCUCUUCAUGCUUUUCAUAUUGGAUGGCCCUGUUUGAGCUUUGAUAUUGUUCGUGAUUCGUUGGGUUCAGACCGGAAAGAUUUUCCGCAUACAGUGUAUUUUGUUGCAGGGACUCAGGCAGAGAAAGCUUCUUCUAACUCUAUUGGAGUGUUUAAAGUAAGUAAUGUUUCGGGGAAAAGACGAGAACUAGUUCCUACCAAAUCUGCAGGGGAUGAUCCCGAUAUGGAUGCUGAAAGUAGUGAUAGUGAGGAUAGUGAAGAUGAAGAAGAAGCUGGAUCUGGCGCACCAGUUUUACAGUUGCGAAAGGUAGCUCACCAUGGAUGUGUUAAUCGUAUACGUGCCAUGACACAAAGUCCUCACAUAUGUGCUUCUUGGGCUGAUAGUGGUCAUGUUCAGGUAUGGGACUUCAGUUCUCAUCUGAAUGCUUUAGCAGAGUCAGAAACCGAAGGUGUCCAGGGAGCUUCUUCAGUUUUUAAUCAGGCUCCUUUAGUUAACUUCCGUGGCCACAAAGAUGAAGGCUAUGCAAUUGAUUGGAGUCCUGUUGUUGCUGGAAGACUUGUAACUGGGGACUGCAAGAACUGUAUUCAUUUGUGGGAGCCGUCAUCUGGUUCAACAUGGAAUGUUGAUCCUACUCCAUUCGUUGGACAUGCUGCAAGUGUGGAAGACCUACAAUGGAGUCCAACAGAACCUCAUGCAUUCGUCUCCUGUUCUGUGGAUGGGACCAUUGCUAUUUGGGAUAUCCGUUUAGGGAAGUCACCAGCAGCUUCUUUUAAGGCACAUGAUGCAGAUGUGAAUGUUAUCUCAUGGAACAGGCUGGCUAGUUGUAUGUUAGCAUCGGGAAGUGAUGACGGGACAUUUUCAAUUCAUGAUUUUAGGUUGCUCAAGGACGGAAAUACAGUGGUAGCUCAUUUCAAGUACCAUAAAUACCCAGUGACAUCCAUUGAGUGGAGCCCUCAUGAAGCCUCCACUUUGGCAGUUUCAUCAUCUGAUAAUCAGUUAACAAUAUGGGAUCUUUCUUUAGAAAAGGAUGAGGAAGAGGAAGCAGAGUUCAAAGCUCAAACAAGGAAGCAAGUAAAUGCUCCAGAAGAUUUACCUCCGCAACUUCUUUUUGUUCAUCAGGGGCAGAAGGAUUUGAAAGAACUUCAUUGGCAUGCUCAGAUUCCUGGAAUGAUUGUGUCAACUGCAGCAGAUGGUUUCAACAUCUUAAUGCCUUCAAAUAUACAGAGUACUCUCCCCUCCAAUGGCUCUUGAAAAAUGUCUAUGCUGUAACGAAUGAACCAGCAGCUGAUUUGAGGCAUAUAUCCGUACAUGUGUGAAAUAUAAAGUAGUUUUUUCUCUGUUUCCCCCCUUGGUGCACAGCGUAAAAAUAUCGUUGCUCCCAAGGUUUUUAUCUCGUCUUUUUUACAACUGCAGGGUGCUUCCAAUAUUUUAUUUUGUGUAUUUCACAGUAUCAUGUUUUAUGAAUAAUCUCAAUCACCUAACCAUUCACAUGGAUGAAGAAAUACUUCUAUUUAAUGAAAAAAAUUUUGGCCAAUAUUAAUUGAAACGUUCAUAAUAACGUCUUUGUGACUUUUAAUAUAUAUAGAUAGAUUACCUGAUUUUGA